CGAGACAAGAGGAAGAAGAUGACAGGGCGCGCAAAAAGAAAACCCAAACCCAUUCAGGAGUCGGGUACAGGCAAUAGGGAGGUGAAGAAACCUCGGACAGAUGAUCCCAAAGCCAUUCCACUGUCAGCGGUGGAUUCAAAGCAACGUGAUGAGAUGCUGCAGUUAUACAAGCUUCAGAUGCCAGAAGAUCUGUACCAUUUCUGGGAUUUCUGCAAGGAGCUUUGUCCUGACAACCCCCAUGAUGCGCUGAAAGACACACUUGGUUUGCGGCUUGUUGGUCCUUUUGACAUUCUAGCUGGAGCUCACAAAAACUCUAAGAAUCCCCAGCCGAACUUCCAUCUUCACUGGAGGUAUUUUUAUGACCCACCAGAGUUUCAGACCAUACUUAUAGGGAGUGAGGACAGCCGACACCAUAUUGGCUACUUCAGGGAUACUCCAGACUCCCUCCCCUCAUUUGUUGGGGAAAAUGAAGCCAAGAAGGGCUACACUAUAACACAGAUGGGGGACAACGUGUUCGCUGCUGUCCACCUGUUUCUGCUGCGUAAGAGGAAAGAGAGAGGCAACCUGAAAGCAGGGAGAGAAGCUUUCGAAAGCUUGGAGGCAAAGCUGAGAGACAGAGCAGAGACUCUGAGUUUAUCUCUAGAGCAGAAGACCAAAGGCAUGAAGCAGAGGGACAAGAAGGUGGUCACAAAGACGUUCCAUGGUGCUGGCAUCGUUGUGCCUGUAGACAAGAACGAUGUGGGAUACAGAGAACUGCCAGAAACAGACGCUGGUCUGAAGAAGAUCUGCAAGGCCAUUGCUGAGGCACGGAAUGAUGAAGAGCGCGUCAAAGCCUUUGGACCUCUCCAGGAGAUGAUCACAUUUGUUCAGUUUGCCAAUGAUGAAUGUGACUACGGCAUGGGUUAUGAGCUAGGAAUAGACCUCUUCUGUUUCGGAUCCCAUUACUUCCACAAGGUCAUCAAGCAACUUUUACCCAUGGCCUACAACUUGCUGAAAAGGAAUUUGUUUGGAGAAGUUCUCGAGGCCCACCUCUGCAGCCGAAACCACGACAACCUGGACCAACUCUCUGCACAUUAAAAAGGUUCUGAAGUACACUUGAGUUCUAGCUCUUAUAAGCUUUCCCCACCAUGUGUCAUUGUCCUCUGUUGUUUGUUAUUGUUAUUGUUUCUUGGUGGUUUUUGGUGCUGCUGUCAUUGAUUGGAACCAGUUCAAUUAUUCUUAUUUGUAUAAGGUACAUGUAGAUGUCUAAUAAAAUAUUUUUAUAU